GGAAAGAGCGGCGGCGGUUUCUGCGCGUGCGCCGCAGUUGGGUCAAAGGACAACAAGAUGGCGGCGUCCAGCAUAGCGCACUGGGAGGCGGUGGUGGCGGCGGCGCUGCAGUGAGAAGCCCAAACGCUGUGUGCGGAGAGCGCUGCCGCGAUGCCCAAAUACUAUGAGGAGAAGGAGGAGGACGGGCGGGCCUGUGCGGGGGUGCGGGAGGACCUGAGACAGUGUCUGCUCGAGACCCCCUGCGUCAUACAGGAAGGAAAAAGCGCCAGACAAUGCUUGAAGGAAGGACACUGCAGAAGUUUGCAAGUUUCUUUUUUUGAGUGCAAAAGAUCAAUGUUGGAUGCCAGAGCAAGAUUCAGAGGAAGGAAGGGAUACUGAAGCCUUUGUGAAGAGAGCCAAGCAUGGCGAAUUGUGGAUGUAUCAGUGCUUUAAGCAAAAUACAGAGACUAAAAUAAGAAGAGUACAUCUGCUGCAUCCUCCCAGUCAUGAAGUAUUCUCUUGGAAAAUACCUGCUUUCAAGAACUCUGAUAGAUUGAGGCUGACAUGCACCUAAAAUACUGAAAAGAAAACCAAUAUUAGGCUGGCAGUUUGGAGUGAUAUGAAAUGCCCUAAUGCAUUUUAAAUAAACAAUGCAAAAUCCAAAAUAAGCCGUAGCAAUCUUUAGCUGAGUCAAUUUGUUUUGAAACUGAGAUUUCCUUUCAGUUUUUAAGUUUGUAGUUUUAUUUAUCUAAAACCAUAAAACAUUGUCAGAGUGAAAUAUUAUAAAAUAAUUGAAAUUGGUAGACCGCUUGAGUAAUGUUCUGCAGUAUCAUUCAGGAAACCUAAGAUAGGUCUCUUGUUUCCCAGGUUGGCAGGGCCGACAUACACUGAAAUGUACAGGUUAGCCUCUGGGGAAGAGAGUGGGUUAUAUUACUCAAUAGUGAGUUCCAGUUAAUUAGAGUGCAGUUGAUACCUGUCCAGUUCCCAAGAACUGUGACAUCAUCUCUUCAUCCCUUCGCAAAAUUCCUUUUUUAAUAUGAUGGUUGGUGUAAGUUCAUGCAUACAUUGUAGCCUUUCACUACUGAAGAGCUAAAUUAAAGUUGGAGUUACUCUUAAAAGUUAAAAUAUGUCUGUCUGAAAGUGAUUGUUAGUUUUGAAAAACAGCCACCGCUUUUAAGAGAAAUAUAGUUCAUCUGACCAGUAGUAGUGUAUAGAGGAAGAGUUGUAUAUGAGAAGUAAGAGUAAUUAAAUGUCAUGUUUUUCACCCAGACAUGCAGCUGAA